CCUUAACCAAACGUCCCAGACGACAAAAGCGGUUAUCGAGUGAAGAAUGAGCGUGGAGACGAGCGUGGACCUUGUGUGGGAGCCGUCGACGCAAUUGAGCUCUCUCGAUUGCUGGGACUACUCGAUCGAGCUCGAUUGCUUACGCGGCCCUGAAGAUCUUCAGUUGGCAGCGGAACUUGGUAAGACGCUGCUAGAGCGCAACAAAGAGCUGGAGAAUUGCAUAAAGCUGCAUCAAUGCACGAUCGACGAUCAAAGGCAGGAGAUAGAGUACAUGAAAAAACAGACUGCGGCUUUAAGGGAAGUAAAUGACUCGCGACUGAAGAUCUACGAGCAGUUGGAAGUCAGCAUUCAAGAUCUUGAGAGAGCUAAUCAGAAGCUUGCAUUCGAGAAUACCAACGAUAAGAAGCAAAUAAAGAGUCAAUGCUUAACGAUCGAUACGCUCGAGGCUCGCUUCGACGAGCUCCAGAAGAAAUUCGACGAGCUGAAAGGAGAGAACGAAGGACUACUUCGCAAGCAACAAAUAAAGGAUCAAUCGUCGGGCGCACCGGCACCCAGCAAAACCGCACCUUCGCGAGAUGGCAGCACACACCAUAUGGCUGUGUCGUCGAAGAAGACGGUCGGCCCCGAGGGUGAUGCGACGAUUCAGCAGCUCGUCAUGGCGAUGAGCAGCGCCGAGGACUUGACGAAGCUUCAGCAGCAGCUGCAGGAGUCGCGCUUUCAAUGUAAGCUCCAGCAGAAGAAGAUUGGCGAGCUGGAAGAACAGCGGGACGCACUUUUGCAGGAAAAUGCCCAACUGGAUGAGCAGCUGAACGACUGGAAGGCUAAGGCGCAGGUCAUGAAAAAUCUGCAGGAUGAGAUAAACACGCUCGAGGAAGUCCGACACGGCCACCUGUGCGGACGCUGCCUCCGAAGCACCAACACUAACAUACACGACAAUUUAUCAUUAAUGCUGGACCAAGAGGAGGACGACGACAUCAGCUUGGCCGAGUCGCUCGCGAGCAGCAUGCGCGACCCCGAAACGACUCUCCAGGAGCUGAGCGUCAAAGCCGAGCUCUCCGAAGAGGACAACUGCCCGAAUCCAUACCGAGUCCUCGUCGAAAAGUACGAGGCCUUACUGAAGGUCCACCAGAGCUCGGGACCGCGCUGCAAGUCCAAUGGCCUCGCGGACUGCAUGUCCCUCCAACAGGAGCUGCAAAUGUCCGCGGAGCUCGGCAAGCACGAGGGCGGCCACGCCUCCAAGAAGCCCUUCACCACUACGCCCACGGACUUCUCCGAGGCCGAGACAUCCUCAUCGGGCUUCUCCGACGAGACGAGCAACAAGUCCACCCAGACCGAGGGCCGCCUCGGCUCCCUCCUCUGCUCAAUCGCCGACGGCGAUGACUGCAAGUUCAGUAUCUACGACGAUAGCAGCACCUUCGAGAGUCGUUUCCACAAGACCCCGGAGUACCGCCAGCUCUUCAGCGAGAUAUUCGAGGUGUUGAAGCGCGCCGCUGUGGCCAAGGACGAGGGUAUGGAGCUGCCGCUCAUCUACGACACCGCCGCCGCUGCAGUCGCCACCACCGCCGCCACUACCGCCGACACCGAGCAGCUCACACCCUGCACCGACGAUUACCCGAGCGAGCUUACGGACGACGUGGGCAGUGUCGUCUCGCUCGCCGUCUCCUCGAUCGCCUCGGAGCCGGUCUUCCGCAUACAGACGCCGCUCUUCGGCCGAAAAUCCGAGGCGACCGAGACUAGCGACGGAGCCCAGGAGAACGGGUUCGCGGCGCACCUCGGGGGGACACGCCGACACCAGCCGCUCGAGUACCUCUCGAUCCAAGUAAAGAAAAAGGAUCCGGAGAACGGGAUAGCGAUUCGUCGCCACCAGCCCCUCGAGUAUCUCGCCUACCAAGCCAAGAGGAAAGGCUCAGCGAAGAAAGUCGCGCGACGUUUGAGCGACUCGGUCGUAUCACCGGCUACGCCCGACGUCAUACCGACCGCGAAUCCACGGGUCGUCCAGCUCAAGGGCAGCGGCCGCAGACGAUUCAGGCCGCUGACCACCAGCGAACUAUCCGACGGCGGUGCCUGGAACGGUAAGACGAUCCAUCUCUACUCGUCGAAGCAGCAACAGCAGCAGCAACAGCAACAGCAACAGCAACGACAUCAACAUCAGAGUCCAUCAGGUGGUCAGGAUUCCACGUACAAGCCGGGCACCGCCGCGGAGGAGGUGGCCAAGUUGCGCAGACUCGAGAUGUCGUACGCGGAGGUGCUCCGCAAGCCAAACAAGUCCAAGGGCCAGGGUUUCCGUCAGCGCCGGAGUCACCAGUGAUCGAUUUUUCGCAACAAGAGCAAACGAGCGAGCGAGCGAGCGGCGUUUCAUUUACUAAUUUACUUCUUCAAUUAUCCAAUCCAAUUCCCUCCCAUUUUACCUAACAGCGCCCACUU